AUGACCAAAUGGGUUAACAUCUCAGGUGAUAAAUGCUGCAUUCAGAACCAAGCUGAUACAGAAUGGAAGUUUGCACGCAGUAAGCUUUGGGUUGGCUACUUUGACGAGGGCUCGACGCUGCCGCCCCCAUUCAACACCAUCGUCAGUCCAAAGUCCAUAUUUCGAGUUUCCUUGCGUCUAUUCAAUCUGUUUGCCUGCCUCUGCUGGUGCCGGCGGCCUGCCAGCACGACGAAGAUGCAUCGAAAGCAACGACGACAUAAAAGCAGCUCCAGUCGCGACAUGAUCAGCCAUCAGAAGCGGUUGUCCCUAGCGCCGACGGCCUUUCUCGACGGUCCGACUGGCAGCGGAGACGACGAGACGGAGACUGUUGAUGCCCGUCGGAAUGAUGAAUACGACGACGAUCUGGAGCAGGGCUCGAGUCCUGGUCGGCCGACAACGCCGGCCCAGUUGAGUUCGGCUGUUCUUUUCCAAACGGGAGAACGAAGAUCAAGCCAGUCAUUUGGUAGGCAGACGAAAGAGCGAAAACCGACCAACUGCCUCGUUGUGGGUGACAGUAACCCAGGCCUUUGUACCACAACUCUGGUCAAGGCAGAUGCGACGAUGCAUAAAAUGACCCCUACGGCGACACCAUCAACGCCUGCUGGAUCUCUGUAUGCCAGGCCCGUGGAGGGUAAGCUGACAUGGUCUCAGGCCGCCGGGAAAGGAGGCGACUUACAACAGGGCAACAAACAGACCCAGUCAGGGACCGGAUCCACGACCUGUCGGGGGCCGGCAGUGCCAUCAAGACGACCCAUGAACCAAGGAGCCUGUGAGGCAAGUGCAAAAUCGAGGAGUAGCAACAUGUUCGUUUGA